UCAGUUGUGUCGUAAAGAACACUCAGUCCACUAAAGCGUGCGCCUUGUCAGUUUCCUAUUAACCGUGGUUUCCUGAACUGAAUUACUGAAACACCAUGUCAAUUUGCUCCGCCGUUUGCAGUGCGCUCUUUCUCGUGCUUUUAGUAUUCAGCACACACGAUGUUUUAUGUGACGAACUGCCUGACAUACAAAGUGACUCCACCGAGGCCUUGUUGUCCAUAUUGAAGAAUUUUAAUGGUAAACGUAAUCACAUCACCGGAGCCGAUGGGAAAAAAGAUGCACGAAACUACAUCACAAAAUCGUUUAAAGAAUAUGGUUUACAAGUCUGGAGUGAGCGAGAAAUGAUAGGAGGAUCUUUAUUGAAUGAAAACAUAAUUGGCAUGAUUAGAUCAACACGAACAGGAACCGCUGAUGAUAAGAUUGUGGUUGUGGGCGCACAUUAUGACACUGCAAAGAAUACUAAUGGUGUUGAUGAUAAUGGUUCUGGUGUCACUGCAUUACUUGAAGUAGCGAAAAUUAUAGGAAAAGCAAGAUGUCAGGUGAAGAACACUAUUUUCUUUGUUGCAUUUGAUUUUGAAGAACGGACAAAAGAGUGCAACAUAACGGACUGGACAUUCGGUUUUGACUGUGGUAGUAUUAGUUUUGUACGAAACAUGACUAGCUACCUUAAAAAAACAGGAGGAACAAUGGCUGGGGCAAUUGUAUUGGAAACAAUGCUUAAUCAUAAUUCUUCAGCAGGUUCCCAGAGUUUGCCAUUUGGUUUUGAGUAUCUUUUACCAAAGGCGUAUAAUGAAGUGAAAAAUGAUGAAUUCCGAGGAAAUUUUCUGGUUGUAAUUGGACGCAGGGAAUCCGAUAAGAAACUUCUUUCUUUGAUUCCAAAAUACUUUUCCAACGAUUCCGAUUACCGUGUGCAGCCAGUAAUUUGUCCGAUCAACGGACGCCCAUCAUUAACCUUGAACUACAGACACUACUCAGAUUUGUAUCGCAGUGACCACUUCGCGUUUUGGGAAAGUAAAGCAUCGUACAGCGCCUUAAUGUUGGGUGACACAGCAAACUUUAGAGGUUACAUGCAGUAUUGUUAUCAUCGGGAAUGUGAUGAUCUCAGUCAUGUUAAGGAAGAUGACCUUCAGUUCUUACAAAGAUCAAUAAAUGCUGUUAUUAAAACUGUUCUUGACUUAAGUGAAGUUGUUUCCUGCAAUGAUCAAAAUCAUGGAAUGGAAAUAUCUUUCAAUUUGUUAUUGAUGUUGGUUUCGUUGUGUGGAAUGUUCGCUAUGUAACUCCUUUAACAUUUUUUAAAAAAAUAACUUUGCAUUACAUAUUUUAAAGUGCUUUUAUCUUUUAUAUCGUUUAAAAUGCUUCUAUACUAAAACAUCGCGGAAAUCAUAAUUACUUAUCAAAUAAUACAAAAAGUUCUGACGUUUUAUUCUAUUAGUUAUUCAAUUAAUAACAUUUCCCAUUAUUUGACUUUGCUGUCGCAGACACGA